CCUGAUAUCUAUUCUUAAUUAAGUUAACGCUAAUUAGCCGUUGUUGUGAUUCAUUUCGUGUUAGCUGAUUGUGUUUGUGUUAGCAGCGUGAGGUGAAUGUUUUGGGAGCGUUGUGCAGCCCGCCGCAAAUUAAAUUGUAGUUUUCUGGUGUCAUAAACAGCCCCCCCUGCUUUGCUUGGCUUGUCUGCCCGUUCAUUUUAAAUGUGGCGGUUUGCAUCGUUGGUGAAGUGACGACGUGGAGGAGGCGCGGUGCGAGCCGUAAAGCUAGAUCACGUUGCUAGGCAACAGUUAAUCCUCAUAACAUGAAGCAGACUUUCUGCUGUAAUUAAAGCUAUUUAAUUGCUUUCUGCACAUACUGACUAUAUUAAUUUAUUUGUAGCUUUUACUUAUUUUGCUUGUGAUAGUUCUAACGAUUAGCGAAUAAUAAGUUGUUAGUGUUACCAUGGUGGUAAUUAUUCACCGCUGACCUUAGCUAACUUACAGGCGCUUGUGUUUGAUGUGUUUGUUGUCUCUGCUGGGAGCGCAGCUGCUGGUUUUACUGACAGAGGACGCCUUUAAGGGAUGGGAGAGCCGCCUGUGGUGACCCCUCAGCAGCAGAUGAGCGGGAGGUAGUGGAUGCUGGACUGACAUAAAAAACAAUGAAGAAAAUAUUUAGCUUCACUAAGAAAAAGAAAAGCCAGUCUGGAACGCCUGAUAAUGGAAGUGUCCUUUCUGCUGGCUAUGACCUGAAGGAGAAGGAUCUUGGGAAGGUCCACAAAGCUGCUUUAAAUGGUGAUUUGGCAAAGUUAAAGCAACUUGCAAAGAAAAAUGAUAUCAAUCAACUUGACAAGGAGAACAGAACUCCACUUCAUCUUGCUUGUGCAAAUGGCCAUGCUGAAGUGGUGCAGUUUCUUGUUGACAGCAAAGCCAAGCUUAACCUAUGUGACAAUCAAAAUAGAUCCGUCUUAAUGAAGGCAGUGCAGGGUCAACAUGAGCGCUGUGUGAGCAUAUUGUUGGAAAAUCAUGCCGAGCCAAACCUUGUGGACAUCAACGGCAAUACAGCCCUCCAUUUAGCAGCGAACAUCCCAUCCAUAUCUACAGCUAUACUGUUGUUGCAGCAUGGUGCGGAAAUCAAUACACAGAACAAGGAGGGGUUCACACCCUUGACCGUAGCAGUUCGUGAAGACCACAUCGACAUGGCUGAGUUUCUUCUCAAAGAGUUUGCUGAUGUGAAUUCUGUAGACCAAGACCAAAGGUCCCCAUUGAUGUUAGCUGCUGGCAAUGAGCAAAUCAAUAUGGUGAAGCUUCUCUUGCAGUUUAAUGCUGACGUCACGCUCAAAGAUACCAAAGGAUGGUCAGCAGAUGACUACGCAGUGAUGAAUGGACAUCAUCUUUGCUCCCACCUGAUCAUCGAGCACAGUACCCAGAAGAUGGACAGGACAUCAAUAUCACUUCAAGGUCCGAGUAAGAAGAAAAAAAUGCUGGGCAGUCCUUCUCAUGAUGUUGAAGCAGGCUUCUCUUUGGGAGGACCAGCCACUGAUAAAGAUGAUUUAGAGGAAAAUUCCCAGUCAGAGUCAGUCAGUCGAGUUUCAAAAGGUGCUGCUGAUGAAUGGCCUUCAUCAGAAGAUGAGGAUGAAUCAAUUUCAAAUGAAAAGAAACCACUAAAAGUGAACCUGGGCAAAGUGUUUGGCUCUAGAAAGGAAGAAGCUUCUGCACUAUCUGACACUUCCUCCAGUGGCACCGAAUCAGAGCCAGAAAAUGAAAGUAGAGUCCAGAGAAUCCCAUCCAUCCCUAAGGCUUCAACUUCCAGCAUAUCUCUGCAGCACCCAGUAGACUCCCCUGCAGUUUCCUCCUUUCCCAAAUGUCUGCAGAUGUCUUCCACUCCCCUUUCAAACCACAGAAAGAAAGAAGAUUCCACUGAGGAUGAGGAUGAUGGAGAAGACGAGCAUGAGGAGGAGGAAGGAGACAUGUCAGAUGAGAAUGAUCAGUCUGAAGUUAGUGAAGAGUCUCCUGAGGCCACUUCACCUGUUCCUGAAGCAGAACCUGUUAAAGAGAAGAAAAGAGAUUUUCUGUCUGAGCUGGGUCUGGAAGGAGGUGAAGAAAAACCUGAGUCAUGGGACUCUGAGUCAAACUCUGAAAAGUCCAUCAUGCCACAUAAAGAAGAUCAAGAUUUUGAUACUCAGAAUCAACAGGAAAUGUUGUCGACUGAAGCACCACUCCAAGAACACAUGUUUUACAUUCCUUCUUUUUUAAGAGGGAGGGGAGGCAGUAGGAUGGCAGAGAGAGACAGGCCACAAUGCAGCCAGAGAGAGGCAGGAAACAACAGUAAAAGUGAAAACGGGGGUGAACCUGUUGAAAAAGAUGAAACUCCACAGAAAGAGAAUGAAAAGACAAAACGGGAACGGCUUGCAGUGUUGAGCAAACUUGAAGAAACUGCUGACCAAAAAUCAGACCUAAUGGUAGAGCUGGAUGUGGGGGAUGCUGAUGAUCUUGAAGAUGCAUCAGACUGGGAUUCUGCAAGUACUACCAGUAAGAGGACCUUGCCUGGGCGCAGAAUGGCCUCCCCUGGGCUUCAAGAGUUUUCAGAAAACACUAAUAUGCCUGGUAAUGAAGAAGAAGUAGCUGAUGUUACUGCAGCACCGUCAACACCUCAGAGGAGUAGCAGUUCAGAGAAAAAACUGCCGAGCACUCCCACAGAAUCUGCUCCUCAGCCUCAACCUCGUAUAAGAAAUAUGAUGCUUCAGAAACCAGAUAGUGACAAAGACGUUGUUUCCUUUGUAUGCUGUCCUUUAGAAUCAGGUUCAGAAACCAAUAAGGCAGCGUCACCAUACAGAACAUCUCCAGAUGACAAUCAGCAUCAAAAUGUAGCUGAUCCUCAAGCAGUGGUGGAAGCAGGCUCCCCUGAGCACUCACUGAUGGCAAAAGACAUUAAUAACAGCCUGGAGUUUAUUGAGAAGCAACAAAAGGAGGAAGAUCAUGUAGUAGAUAGACAUAAGUUAGAUUUAUUUCACUCUGGCUCUGAGGAAAAGAAUGCCGACUUUAGAAGUCAGUGUUGCCCUGAAGACACACGUGGUGAAGAUGCACCAUGGGAAAAGCGUUACGAGAAACUCUGGGUGGAAGUAGAGAAAAAGGAAAUAAAAUCCACCUUUAAAAAUGUUGCUGGUGAAUUAAAGGAGAAGUUUGGCGAACUUUAUAAAUCAAGACAAGAGACAGAAAACACCAUAGAAGAAGCUACACCUGCACUCACAUCUGCAGAGGAAGAUUCGAGUGAUGAAGAAGAAGGAGGAGAGGUUAUUGUUCAACCGGCAGCUAGAGCAAGAAGCACUGUUCUGCUCACCAUUCCUGAGCAGAGCGAGUCUGGACAGGAGGACUCUGCAGCAGAGUCACCUGAUGACUCUGUGUGUGAGGAGAGGACUCACAUGAGCAGCGACCAUCAUGACCCAGAACCACUCAACUCUGAUGUUCUGAGGUCUGUUCCACCACAGCUGAAUGAAGCACACAAAGAACGUGUGAAGAGCAUUCAUGACACCAAAACUUUAUUUCAUGGUAAUGGCACACCUAUGGAUUCAUUCUUAAAAGAUGAGACUGAGCCGGAUGUGGGCCCAGUUUUUAUAGAUAGACCUGGUGAUCAGAAUGAAACUGACAUGAGCAAUGUGGGGUUAAGGGAAGAGCUUGAGGGGUUCCCUUUGUCUCAGCUGUCCUUACAAAGCAGACGGUCAGAUGUCUUUGAAGAGCUGGAGGAGAACAGGAAAAGGUUUAAACUUGAGGACAGCAGAGAAACAGCAAACACUGCAAUGAGGGAUCAAAAAUCAAGUUUUUCUAUGGAUGGUGGUAAAACAGCAGUGGAAGACGUUGGUUCCAAGAAAGCUGAGACUGGAUCAGGUUACCUGUUAAAUCAACCUGCAGGAAUUCAUCAGGAGGAGCAGCCUGUUGCUGCCCAAAGCACCAACAGGGCUCCAGAGCAGUUGCAUCUUCCACUCCAUCAGAGCUGCAAUAACAAGAAGCAAGAGAAGCUGGUGGUCAGAGGGGCACGGCAGGGAGCCCCUCAGACCAGCACACAUGUUAAUGGAGAACCUCUCGCUGUGUUUGAUGAUAGCUCUUUAAGUGACGUAUCCAAUGAUGAAGAAAGGUUGUCAACUUCUGCACUCCAGAAAAACAAGAACCCUGAAGAAAUGGACUUAGCAGAAGAUUUUGAUGAACUCACACAGUCAUCAGACACUGCCACAGAUGACACAGAUUCACCCACUUCUGGCUACCGUCAUGCAUCCCUUCUUAUUCAGAAGCUGGACUCAGCCACUUUGGACACAACAAAUAUUGCAAAGCUGCAGAACAUAUUCCACGAAUAUGAACGUGCAAUUCGAAAAGAAAGGAGUCACCGCGGGUACCUGGCAGACAAGGUGAAGCAGCUAGAAGUGGAGAGGGCGGAGCUCAAGAACUCUCUGGAGGAAGUUAAAGAUGCUAAGUCUCUACUGGAGCACAACCAGCUGGAAUUACAGACUGAAAUCACAAACCUCAAAUUUCAGCUGAAACAAGAGCAGGAGAAUCGUCACAAUGCCACCAUGAUGUACAACACUACUCGAGACAAGCUGAGGAGGACAGAGGAGCAGCAGCAGCUGGAGGUUCAGGAGAGACAGAAAGUGGAACUCGCUCUCAGAAACUUGGAGUUGGAGAUGAGAACACUGAUCUGCAAAAUAAAACAGCUUGAAGAGGACAAUGGAGAGACCCAGAGACUGCUGGCUCAGGAACGGAGCACACGGAUCCUGCAGGAAAAUCUGCUCAGUAAUCAUCUCCGAAAGCAACAGGAGAUAGAAGUGGAGAACAAAAGAAACAUGAGCAAAAGCAAUGAGGCUUUGUCUCAACUCACUGAGGCCAGUGAAAGAGAAAAGGAGCUUCUUCAUCAGACUGCUGCCUUACAGGAACAGCUGACCAUGCUGAGGGCAGAUCAUGAACGAUUACAGGCCAACAACAGUAUGAAAGAGGGCCACCUUACAGAGGAGAACGAGGCCCUUAAGGAGAAGCUCGAAGAUCUUCAGCGAGAUCUUAAAUUUAGUGAAGAAUCUGUGACCCAAACUGCCUUCAGCUGCAAUAAGCAGCUGUCCACCCUGAAGUCCGAGCUGGCUAUAACAACAAGCCGGCUGGAAAGUGAGCGCCAGUCACGUGAAGCCCUGGAGACUGAGCUUGAAUCAACUCGAAACCGCCUGGACAGAGCUGUGAAGGAGGCUGAACUUCGCCUCACAGCUCAUUCAGACACAGAGAGAGCUCUGCUCAGGGAGAAGGAAGAACACCAAAGGCUUAAAGACAGACUCACUGCUGAAGUAGCCAAUCAGCGUGAAGCUGUCAGCAACCUGUCACAGAAGCUGGCCAAGGCCGAGGCUCGCGCCAACAGUAUGGAGAACGAGGUCCACCGGGCCACCCUACAGCUGACGGAGAAGGGCCUGUUGCUGGACGUCCUCCAUAGAGAGAAGGACCAGGCUGCUACACGCGCGAAGGAGAUGGAAAUAGCUCUACAGGCUGAGAGGGACUCAGUCAGUCGUGCCGGUGCACGUCAAGAAGCGUCACAAGAACGAUUAGCCCAAGCCCAAAGCGAGGCUAUGUUACUGCGUCAACAACUAGAAGAAGCCCAAAACAAAGGCGUUGCAAAAGAACGUGCUGUGACAGAUGCCCAAGAGCGCUUCAGUGACAUUCUGUCCAAGCUGCGCUCUGACUGUGAAGAGAGAGUUCAGCUAAUAGAAGAAAGAAACAAGGAGCUCUCCAGUAAGGCUGCUGAUCUUCGGGAUCAGAUCUACAAGUUAGAAGAAGAGAAGAAUGAAAGGGAGACUAGUCUCAGGCAGCUACAACAGGAGCUAGCCGAUUCAUUGAAAAAGCUGUCGAUGAGCGAAGCCUCUUUGGAAGUCAACACACGCUAUCGUAAUGACCUGGAGGAAGAAAAGACUCGGCUCCUCAAAGACUUGGAUAGAGUCAAAGGAAAGCUUGAAGAAAGUGAAGACCAGUAUGUGGAGGCAGAGCGACAUGUGAACAGUUUAAAAAGCAGCCUGGAUGAAAGGGAAAAAGAGCUCAACGCUGCUGCUCAGAAACUGCAGGAGGCGCUGUCUGCCUCAGCAGCUUCUGAGAUCACCAUCAAACAGCUGGAGGAAACUGUGCAAAAGCUGGAGAUUGAGAAUGCCAGACUAGAAGCUACCGCAAAGCAACAAUCCAAUAAAAUCGAUUCUCUUCAGAAAGGAGCUCAGGAAGCUGCCAUGCUAACUGGCUGCUCAUCUGGAGGAGGGGUCCGUGGUCACUUGGAGGAGUUGGUAACAAAUCUUCAAAGCAGUAAAAUGACAUUAGAAGAUCAGCUCAACAGAGAGGUCCAGAAACAAAGUGUGCUGUCUCACACAGCCCAGGACUCACAGGCCCUGUGGGAGGAAGAGCUGAAGAGCCGCUCAAAACUAGGACUGCGCUUAGCGGAGCUCGAAAAAGAAAAAGGAGAACUGACUGCCCAGAUGGAAAUAGAGAAGAAGAAAGCCAAGAAACUCACAGAGCAGAAAAAAGCUGUUGACGCUCGUCUCGAUCAAGAGAUGAAUAGAAACACAGAGCUUCAAAAGGAAAUGUACAGGCUGCGCACUUUACUGAAGACUGCAAAGAAGAAAGUUCAGGAUCAAAAAGCUGGUGGAGCAGAGUUUGCCUCCCCAAUGAGCAGUCUUCAGAUGGACAUGGGCCGACAGCGACAUUUGCAGGUGGUGGAUGAUCUGCAAGAGCAGCUGGAGAAAGAAACAUAUCGCCGCAGUCAGCUAGAAAAAACAAUUGAGGAGCUUAAGGUUCAGAUAGCCUCCCUGAAGAGCUUCAGCUAUAGUAGUGACCAUGUGGAGAGGAAGAGGCAGUUAGAGGAGGAGGUCCUGGACCUGAGACGUCGUCUGGAGACUGCUCAGGUAGAACAAAGUCAGAUGGAACAGUACCGCCGUGAAGCAGAGGAGAAAGCCCGACAAGAAAUCCAACUAAAGUUGGAGCAGGUCAACCUCUUCCUUCAGUCCCAGGCAGCAUCACAAGAAGCACUAGAUCAAAUUAAAGCUGCCAAUGAGGCGAGCUUGCGUUCUCAGCUGGAGCAGAGGAUCCGGGAGCUGGAGGGAGAGCUGAGCCGAGCCCGCUCCACCCAGCAGGAUAGUGUCAACCAAAAAGACGCCACACGCACAGAGCUAGAGCGGUACCGGCAACUCUACUCCGAAGAGACGCGCCUCCGGAAGUCCCUGACUGCUAAACUGGAGAGGGCAAACAUUCGUCUCUCAGAAGCCAAUUCCAAGUUGCUCAGUGAGCGCAGCAGGUCUUUUAUCACGAGCAACAUCACAAAUGGGAGCCUUGUCGGGCCUUCCCUGGACCUGAGCUCUCUGGGUUCUCCAGCAAACUAUGGGGCCACACUUGGGUCCCAGAACAGAAGCUUUGGUCUGGGAUUUCCCCUUCUGAGUCCAACGACUGAGGGACAGAACAGCAGAGUGGAGGAUUAUCUGGCCAAGAUGCAGAGGGAGUUGGACCGAAACAUAUCAAAGGAAUUAAGCAGUGCCACAGCAGAGCUGGACGCUGCCUCGAUGCGCCUGUCCCCGGGGGGCUCUGCCUCCAGGGUGGAGCUAGACCCCGCCAGCAGAGCCGCGCAGCAAUAUUUGGAAGUACUGAAGAAGAACAACAGGAUCUGACCUCACAUCACUGCUGAUUCCUGUCAAAGUUUUUAAGUCAGCCUUUGGAAACACUAAAGCCAACACCAACAAUCAUUUGGUACAUUUGGCACAUUGCACUUCCCCAACUCAGGAGCAGAGAGCCUGACCCUAAAUGGGUACAAUAAACAACCUCAAGUA